AUGGCUUCACUCACACCCAUGAUGCCCUUCCUACGGCCAUUGGGCCUCCCGCGACCGCAGACAGUCCGGCACUUCCUGCGCUUCUCGACAGCGACACCAUGCAGAGAAGCAGCGCAGCGAGAAGAUCGCAACCUUGCAGCCUCAAGAACUGCCCCCGAAUCAUACCCACCACCAUCGAUGAAGUCCUUGCCGCGACCGAAAGAGUCCAAAGCAUCGCGCAGAACAUCCUACCCACUAAAGGAGCGACACUACCCUACACGGCACCAAUCGCAUCACCAACCUCAAGUGCCGAAGCUCAUACCACAGCCUGUUCAGCCUCUCUCGCCAGAAAGGUGUGCGCCGAAUCUGCCAUACUUCGUAACACGAUCCGCAAACAACGAGCUGCCUAUCUACACAUUACGAAAACGAGGAGGGAAUUUGAAGAUGACGAGAGUGAAGAAGAUAGAUGGAGAUCGAUUGCGGCUGAGAGAUGCGUUGAGGGUCGCGUUGGGUGUGGCGGACAAGGACGCUGUGGUUAAUAGCGUGACGGGGCAUAUUAUGAUCAAGGGGCACCACAAGCCGCGCAUUGAGAAGUUUUUGCGGGAGAGGAAGUUCUAG